AUGUUCCAAUUACCGGCUUGUCUUCAAAGCCGGCGACAGCGCAAUGGCGAGAACUGGUCUACAUUUCCUAUUCGACAACUGUUCAUUUUGGCACUUGUCCGAAUCUGUGAGCCGAUUGCUUUCAUGUCCAUUUUCCCUUACGUCUAUCACAUGGUUGAGUCUUUCCAUGUAACGGAUAACGACCAAAAAAUCGCUAUUUACGCCGGAAUGAUCACUUCUUCUUUCACAUUCGCUGAAUUUACAGCCGGCAUGUUCUGGGGACGGGUUAGUGACCGCAUCGGCCGCAAACCAGUUCUCAUCAUGGGCUUGAUUGGAACAGCAAUUAGCAUGGUUGUAUUCGGAUUUGCGCCCAACCUUGCAACAGCGAUGAUUGCGCGCGCACUGGGCGGAUUGCUAAAUGGCAACAUUGGUGUGCUUCAGACAACCGUGGCAGAAAUUGUGACGGUCAAAGAGCACCAGCCGCGGGCAUACUCGAUCAUGCCUUUUGUGUGGUGCCUGGGAUCAAUCAUUGGCCCGGCUAUGGGCGGUGCAUUGGCCCAACCUUGCGAGAAUUACCCGGGCUUCUUCCAGCGUAACACCCUCUUCGACCGGUUUCCAUUUCUGCUGCCCAACCUGGUGUGUAUUGUCGUGCUGAUUUGCGGCAUUGUGGUUGGAUUCUUGUUUUUGGAAGAAACCCAUCCAGAGAAGAAGCUUCGUCGUGACCCCGGUCGUGAGUUGGGCCAAUGGCUCAUUAACCAAUGCUGGUACUCGCGAGUACAACUUCCGGACGAUUCCGACGUGGGGGUUAAGGAGACAAAGUACUUUACCUACGGCGAUCUCCCACCCGACUAUGAAAGUGCCGAAUCAACGCCCUGCAUUCCUGUUAAUGACGUCGCAACUGAGUGUGACUUGGAGGGGCAGAAAGCUCCUAUCAAAGUGUUUACUCGUCAAAUCAUCUUCACUAUCGUUGCUUACGGUAUUUUGGCAUAUCAUAGUGUAUCUUUUGAUCAGCUGAUGCCGGUCUUCCUGAGCACCCCCGAAUCCAAUGAUAAAGUACAACUACCACUUAAGUUCACUGGCGGGUUAGGUCUACCAACAAAGACCAUUGGCUUCAUGCUAGCUGUACAGGGUAUCUACUCUAUGGUAGCCCAGCUCUGGCUCUUCCCAUUCGUCGUCAAGAACUUUGGAACUUUGCGUACCUUCCGCUUCGUUCUACUUGUUUGGCCGCCACUUUAUCUCGCAGUACCAUAUCUGAUCCUUCUCCCUGCGGCACUGCAGAUGCCGGCUGUAUACCUCGCAUUGAUCAGUAAGAUUACUUUGCAGGUCAUCGCUUUCCCAGCUACGUCUAUCUUGCUGGCCAACUCCGCCCCUUCGAAGGUUCUCGGCACUAUCAACGGUGCAGCUGCAUCUACUGCCAGCCUGAGCCGUGCUUUUGGUCCAACCAUUACCGGCUUUUUGCAUGCCAAGGGCCUUGCCAAUGGGUAUUCUGUGCUAGCCUGGUGGGCCUGUGGCUUGGUUUGCCUCACCGGCGCCAUCGAGAGUUUCUGGAUGGAGGAGACUCCUGAGCCGGAGCGUUUCAAACGCCCUGACUCUCAAGAAAGCGAGGCGGAAAUGAAGCGAGAGACCAUGUCAGAGGUCUCUGUUGGGCAAGAGGAACAACGACUUCUUUCUCUUCGCUCCAGUAUCGAUCAAGAUUAUGAAGUUUCAAACGCUCGAUCUGCAUAA